AAAAAGGGUAAAUAUAGAUAUAGAUAUAGAUAUAAAAAUAAAAGAAUGGCAAACAUUCGUAUAAAAGAUCCACAGAAAGGGUCGCCAAAGGCGGAGGUCGGAGAGAUAGACACAAGAGCACCAUUUCAAUCUGUGAAAGCUGCUGUUAGUUUGUUUGGAGAAGUUGCUGUCUCUUCCAAGGACAAACGCACCAUUAAAAGAACCAAACAACUUUCUUCUGAGAAUGUAUUGGAAAAGGAAACACAGCUUUUGUUGGCUCAGAAAGAGCUCAGCAAGAUCAAGCAACAGCUCCAGAGUUCUGAAUCCACGAAAUCCAGAGCACUUUCUGAGCUCGAGAAGGCCAAACAGACGCAGGAAGAUCUCACAGCCAAGCUCUGCUCUGUCAAUCAGUCCAUGAAAUCUGCUAUGGAUGCUGCUGAGGUUGUCAAGGUCCAAGCCAAGAAGCUUGAGGUUGCCAAAUCAGAGGAGAUCAGUGGAGGUGGUGGUUGCGCUUGGAAACAGGAGCUUGACUACGCAAGAAAUGAGUACACGAUCACUGUCGCCGAACUUGAUGCUUCCAAGCAGGAGUUAACGAAGAUCCGACAAGAUUUCGAUGCAGCAUUGGAGGCAAAAUUGGCUGCAUUCCAGCUUGCUGCCGAGGCGCAACGAUCAGCGAAUCUCAACGGCGACCGGUUGGUUGAACUAUCGAAGCAAAUUGCUGCAAUGCAUCAGUCGAUUGAACAACUUAAGCAUGUUUCCAUGGAGGCACAACAGGAGCAGGUUAAGAUUCUGGCAGAGAAAGAAGCACGUUUCAAUGAGUACAAGACUGCCAAGGAAGAGGCAGAGAGGAAUUUGGCGAUUCUUCAGAAAGAAAUCGAUCCCGAGCUGACCAUUUCUCUUGAGGAAAAGCUUAAAGAAACGACUGCAGAGAUCGAGGUUUUGCAAGAAAAGAUGAAGGAGGUUCAUGCUUCUGAAAUGGAUACUGUGAGAGCUCUUACUGUUGAGCUCAACGAAGCUACAAGGACUUUGCAGAAAAUUUCUGAAGAAGAAAGCUCCCUAAGGAUCUUAGUUAGUUCAUUGAGACUGGAAGUGGAGAAUGUGAAGAGGGAGAGAGAGGAACUGAAUAUAAAACUUGAUGAAGAAGAGAAGUUGUUAGAUGCCAAAAGAGAGCAGAUUUUGAAGCUCCAACAACUUCAAGCUGAAGCUGAAGCUUCAAGGCAAGAAGCUGAACAGAUGAAGGGAGAAGCCGCCAAGCUUAAGCGAGAUGCUGAAGCUAGCAGAAGCUUCAUAGAGGAAGCAGAGAUCAAACUGCAGAUUGUACAGAAAGAGGCUGAAGAAGCAAAAGAAGCAGAGAAGAAAGCCCUUGAGGAAAUGAAGAGUAUGUCUGGAAAACAUAAAGAUGAUUCUGGUGAAGGUUCAGAGCCUACUUCGCAAAUCAAACUGACAGUAGACGAGUUCGAAUCAUUGAGUAGAAAGGUCAGAGAAUCCAAAAUGCUAGCAGAAAAGGAGGAGGCAAACAGCAUUGCCGAGGUGGAGGUAAUCAAUGCUAGGCAAAGUGAAGUAACGAAGAAGCUAGAGGCCAACUUAAAAGCAAUUGAGGAGAUCAAGAUAGCAACAGAAAUGGCAUUAAAGGGUGCAGAGAUGGCAGAGACAGCAAAAAUUGUGGUCGAAGGUGAACUCCGGCGAUGGCGUCAGGAGGAAGAGAAGGUGGCACCUCAAGUUACUUCUGGACAUAUUUACUUUUAGAUUUCGAAACCAAAAGUACUACAGAAGUAGGAUUAGAACUCUAAAAGGGGUCAAAGUUGCUUCAGAAUCUAAAGCUAAACCAGAUAAUCAGAGCAUCUUGUUGGAUGAUCUAAAACGUUGGGUUCUUCUUGGAAUGGAAGCCAGUCACAUUUUGCCAUCAUUAAAAUGGGUGGCAUAGAUUUAAGCAUUAAACCUCAACUUUUAUCUCUCGAUAAGCUUGAGCAACUAUGUACAUUCAGACAUCAAUCAAUGGCUGUAAAACGAAAGAACAUUGCAGGUGCAAAUUUAAGCAAAUUAUAUUCUCGAUUCUAAAGGGGUGGGGAGAAAGAAAGAGAACCCA